UUAUCAAGAUGAAUAACAAAGAAAAUCUAUCUAUUCAUGAUGAUCCACACUACAAAAUACCUUUACCUUUAACGCUUUAACAGCAUGCCGACAACUUGGGAGCGCUCGAUAACCAUUAAACACUCAAACAAAAGUCGACUAUUUCCUGAUGAUGGAAAAGAGAAGCGUCCGCUUUUCAUAGCCUCAUUCGAAAGAAAAACGGAACCAGCAGGAAUCAGUUUAUUAAUGGGCUGGGAAUACGGUCGACAAUGGCUUAAAGAACGCGAUGAAUUUCUCCGACAAACGGGAAACUCGCGGAGACGUUUCAUUGAGAACGAUUACAAUUGGUGGCUGAAGAAACGCCAAUUUGUCCUCGAACGCCGCAAGUUCAACACGCGGCAACAACCGAAUGUGGCAAAACCAAAUCACAAUCUGAGCGCCUUUGCUGAGGCAAAGAAAACGCGUGCUGACACGAGUGGGACGAGUGGCACGAGUGGAAAUUUAACAUGCCACAAAAAGUGUUGCAAGUGCUAAAAAUAUACAUAUAUAUUUUUUGGCACUAAGAAAUUGUCGAAAUUGAUCGCGUUGCAACUGUUUAGUGGAUUUAACGAGUGUUACCCCAAAACUAAAUUAUGACAGUUUAUCGCUUGGCAUUAUCCAACACUGACCCUGAGCGCUUGACAACAUCACAUAACCCCACACAGUUUCAGCUUAUCAAUCAGUGAAUUCCAAGUACAAAUUCAAAAAUAUACUUUGAUAAAUUAUCUACAAC